AUGUCAACCCUUUCGCCGAUCAAUCCUAAGCCAUUUCUUCGGGACCUCAUAAACAAAAAGAUUGUUGUAACUUUGAAGUUCAACAAGACCCAGUACAAGGGCGUGCUGGUUUCCACAGAUAACUACUUCAAUCUUCAGCUAUCAGAUGCGGAGGAAUUUAUUGACUCACAAUCUAAGGGCAAAAUAGGUGAUAUUUUUCUCCGCUGCAACAACGUACUGUGGAUUGGUAAAGAUUUAUCAGAAAAAAGCGGUAGUGUUUCGGCUGAUUCUGCACCUGCGGAGGCUACCAGAGGAGCGAAUGCUGUCUUAGAGGCCCAAGAGACCGAAAUUUCGCAGGAUGCAGCGCCGCCACAGACAGCCACCUGA